GGCAAGGUGUGGGAUGUAACUGGUAUGUAUGUUUCUUCUUUCUUGACAGACGUGGCCGAACUAAGCUUAAAGAUGCUCUUCUCAGGCUUCGUAGAUGAGCACCCGGGCGGCGCGGGAGCUAUUCUCAAAUGUGCCGGCCAAGAUGCCACCGAGUCGUACGAUGAGGUUCACGACCGGGGUCUGGUUGAAGAGACGCUACCUCCGGAAAGCUACCUUGGAAACGUGGACAUCUCAACGCUACCGCGGCGGCAAUCUUCAGAAGACACUGUCGAGGGCCAGGAUGGAUUUCCUUAUCCUCCGCUGAACGCUAUCGUUAGCCUCGCGGACUUCGAAGCGGUUGCCAAGAAGUACCUUACGUCUGCAGGCUGGGCAUAUUAUUCCUCUGGGGCGGACGACGAAUUCAGUAUCAGCGACGCUUUUCGAAUCUUUCGUAAGAUGACCAUGAGGCCCCGAGUCCUCCGGCCAGUGGAACCCGUUUCUGCAAGCACCACUAUACUCGGCUGUCAGUCCUCGUUGCCCGUCUAUUUUAGUCCGACCGGCAUGGGGAAAUAUGCCCACCGAGAUGCCGAGCAGAUAAUCGCCGCCGUCUCCGGCAAGGAGAAUCUCAUCUAUUGUAUGCCCACGAGCGCUCCGCGCGAAGCCGUGUUCAAAGCGCGGUCUGUUUCAGAUCAACGGUUGUUUUUUCAGCUGUACACGGGCCGCAAUAGGGAGCGUACGAAGGCGCUCAUCCGCAACGUGGAAGCACUUGGGGCCGCGGCAAUAUUCUUGACUGUCGAUACACCGGUAUUGGGGAAGCGUGAACGUGACGACCGCGUCAGGGCUGCGGCCGGAGAGGACACGAUAUCGCCCACCUCGGGAGGGGUCGCUAAGGUAUCCUCGCGAGGUCUGCUAAAUCCUUUACUGUCGUGGGAUGACCUCGGGUGGAUUCGAGAGACAACGAGGCUUGCCUUGGUACUGAAGGGCGUCCAGACAGUGGAGGACGCGGUUCUUGCAUACGGCAGAGGUGUAGAUGGCAUUGUCCUAUCCAAUCACGGCGGUCGUUCCCAAGACACGGCCCAGGCGCCGAUCCUCACGUUAUUGGAGAUCCGCCGACACGCGCCACACCUGCUAUCGCCAGAAGUCCGCACCAAGUUCCAAGUAUUCGUAGACGGUGGUGUUCGCCGAGGCACAGACGUUAUCAAGGCCAUCGCCUUAGGGGCCACGGCGGUGGGCAUCGGCCGGCCAGUGCUGUAUUCUAUGUGUGCCGGCUAUGGCGAUAAAGGCCUGCGCCGCUUAGUGCAGAUCUUGAGAACCGAAGUCGAGACGAACAUGGCGCUGGCGGGAGCAAGGCACGUUGGGGAGCUGGUACCGGAGAUGGUGAACUCGGAGAGAGCCGAGAAGGAGGUUUCCAGGCGAGUGAAAUUGUGAUGGUGGGCGCGUCGAAUAUUUCCGGCUCUCUUUCCGAUGCCCGUUUUGGGCAUUGCUGCUACCAGUAGAUGUUUAUGAACAGACUAUAUCCCCGUACUUAUGUAAUAUUAGAUAUUAGACGGCAAGUGUAUUACUUAUAUAUCUACACAACUCCUUUACCAAAUAUGUCUCCCAGCGGCCUCUAUUCAUACGGAGGAAAUUUGGGUGUCUAUAAUU